GCCGCAAAGGUUAUUGCCAUUAGUCCGCGCGCGCGCACGGGGGCAAAUCGAGAACUCUGAGCGUUUCCCAUCCGGCAGCGGGCGAGCUGCAGAAACGGCAAAGUGUUAGUUUCUGGCCGCAACCUGUGUCGUUAUGGACGUGGAAAACGCUGCUAAUGGGGAACAUGCCGCUCCGGAAAGUAACGGCGAUUCUAAGCAUGUGAACGGUUUAAACGGCUACUCGGACAAACACAAAAGCCAAAAGUCCGAUCACAAGGACAAGCAUCGCGAUAAGGAACGGGAUAGGGAUAAGGAUAGGAAAAAGGACCAUAAGUCCUCGAGCAAGGACAAAGACAGGCACCACUCCAGCUCGAGAGACAAGGACAAGGAACGCCACAGCUCUUCGUCUCACAAGUCCUCCAGCAAGGACAAGGACCGAAGUGAUAGGGACAAGGACAGGCACCGCGACAAGGAUAAGGACCGUCACAGGGACGAAAAAAAAUCCUCUUCCUCCUCGAAAGAUCACAAGAGCAGCUCUCACGACAAGAACCACAAGUCCAGCUCGAGAGACAAAGACAAGGAUAAGGAGAGGCGCGACAAGGAUAAAGAGAGAGAGAAGGAUAAAGACAGGCAUAGGGAUAAGGAGCGUAGUGAUAAGCACACCAGUUCAAAGGACAAAUACCGGGACAAGGAGAGAGAAAAACAUUCCAGUUCCAAGGAUAAGGAUAAAGACAGGAAGGAUCGAAAAGACAAACAUAAAGACGAAAGACGCGAUAAAGAGAAGCCGGAAGUGAAACAGGAACAGGAAACGGAAGACUCGAUCGACGGCGAGGCAAAGUUGGUGAUCAACGAUGACGUCAACGUCGAGGACGACGCGGUCGACGUCAAGGACGAGCCGAUGUCGCAGGAGGAGGAAGAGGACGAAAACGGGCCGGACGUGUCGCAGGCCAGCAGCUGCAACUACAACUUGUCGCAGUUCGACAAGGACGAACCCAAGUUCGAAGAAGACGAGAGCCAGGACGUCAAGCCGAAAGUCGAAGAGGACAGCGAAGAAGACAUUCCGUUGACUAACAAAGGCAGGUCCUCCAGACUGAGCGCAUCGUCGAAGAGGAAAUUCGAGUCGGACGAGGACGACGACGUGCCUCUCAGCGCGCGAAAAAAGCCCAAGAAAGAGAAGAAGGAGAAGAAGAAGAAGAAGCGCCCGGUUUCCGACGACGACGAGGAGGCCGAGGAAGACUGCAAACCGGUCAAGAAGGAGAAGAUCAAGAAGGAAAAGCCCGUGAAGAGGGAGCAGGAAAGUCCGAAGAAAGGAGGCCGCAAGAAGAAGGAGGAAGAGCCGCAGGAAGUCUGGAAAUGGUGGGAGGAAGAAAAGAAAGACGACGGCACUAAAUGGUCGUUCCUCGAGCACAAAGGUCCCGUAUUCGCCCCGCCGUACGAGCGCCUCCCCAAAAACGUAAAAUUCUCGUAUAACGGCGAAGAGAUGCGCCUGUCGGAGGAAGCGGAAGAGGUGGCCGGUUUCUACGCCAAAAUGCUCGACCACGACUACACGACCAAGGAGGCCUUCAACAAGAACUUCUUCAAGGACUGGCGCAAGUGCAUGACGGAGAAAGAGAAGGCCAAAAUCACUGAACUCAAAAAGUGCAACUUCAAGCACAUGCAUGCCUACUUCAUGGACGUGGCCGAGAAGAACAGGAACAGGACCAAGGAGGAGAAGCUGGCGCUGAAGGAGAAGAACGAAGAACUACUGAAAGAGUACGGCUUCUGCAAAAUCGACGGACACAAGGAGAAGAUCGGUAACUUCAAGAUCGAACCGCCAGGUUUGUUUAGAGGUAGAGGCGAGCACCCCAAGAUGGGGAUGCUGAAGAAACGCGUGGAGGCUGAGGACAUCAUCAUCAAUUGCAGCAAGGAUUCCGAGGCGCCAAAACCACCACCAGGUCACAAGUGGAAAGAGGUGCGUCACGACUCGUCGGUAACUUGGCUAGCGUCGUGGACGGAAAACGUCCAAAACCAGGUCAAAUACAUAAUGUUGAACCCCAGUUCGAAACUGAAGGGCGAAAAGGACAUGCAAAAGUACGAGACGGCCCGCAAGCUGCACAAAAACAUCGAGAAAAUCCGCAAGGACUACCGCGACGACUGGAAGUCGAAGGAGAUGCGCAUCCGGCAGCGCGCCGUCGCUCUCUACUUUAUCGACAAGCUAGCUCUCAGGGCCGGUAACGAAAAGGACGAGGAUCAGGCGGACACGGUGGGUUGCUGCUCGUUGCGCGUGGAGCACAUCGAGCUGCACGAGCAGAAGGACGACAAGGAGCACGUCGUGGUGUUCGACUUCCUCGGUAAGGACUCGAUCAGGUACUACAACGAGGUGCCGGUCGAAAAGCGCGUCUUCAAGAACCUGCAGCUGUUUAUGGACAACAAGGCGCCCGGCGACGAUUUAUUCGAUAGACUCAAUACCUCCAUCAUGAACAAGCAUUUAAACGAUCUGAUGGAGGGUCUGACCGCCAAGGUUUUCCGUACCUAUAACGCUUCGUGGACGCUGCAGCAGCAGUUGGAUUUGUUGACGAACGAGGACGACACCGUGGCCGAGAAGAUUCUGUCGUACAACAGGGCGAACAGGGCGGUCGCCAUUCUCUGCAACCAUCAACGGUCCGUGCCGAAAGGGCACGAAAAGUCCAUGGAAAAGUUGAAGGAGAAGAUCGACGCGAAACGCGAGCAAAUCAGCGACGGCGAGCGUCAAGUGAAGGACGCGCAGCGCGACGCCAAGCACGGCAGCGUCAAAGAGAAGACCAUCUACGAGAAGAAGAAGAAAACGCUGGCGCGGCUCAAGGACCAGCUGGCCAAGCUCGAGAUCCAGGAGACGGACCGCGACGAGAACAAGACGAUCGCGCUGGGCACCUCGAAGCUGAACUACCUCGACCCGCGGAUCAGCGUCGCCUGGUGCAAGAAGUACGACGUGCCCAUCGAGAAGAUCUACAACAAGACGCAGCGCGACAAGUUCCGGUGGGCCAUCGACAUGGCCGGCCCCGACUACCGCUUCUAAUUCGGUGAGUCGCGGAUUCAUUUUAUCGCAUCGACAGACCCAGUAGAACGUUUUUAGUUGUCAAUUAAUUAUUAUCCAUUGCAAGUAAGUUUAAAUUAUUUAUGAGAAAUUUUAAAUCUGAUGUUUUGUGCAAUUAUGAGGAUCUGCACGAUACAAACAAUGAUAUGUAACGUCUUAAAUAAAGUGCAUCAUUUAUUAUAUAAUCGCAUUAGUUGUACGCUAUACAUGCAUACAUAUAGAGAGUCUUUUUUAAAGUGUUUAUUUUUGUGUAAAGCCUUCAUUUUACAUCGUCUCGUCUGGUUUGUGUAAUUUUUGACCAAACACCACUCCAAGUUUAUUCGUCGCACUCGUGCGAAAUUUAUUCAAUGUAGCAGUCUGUAUAUUACAGAUUUCAUAAGAAAUAAAGAGAAUACCUGUAUGAAAU